AUGCUGGUUUUCAGGGCUUCCAGCAGCCCGUCAUCCACUAAAACCCCGGUCGUCCUCUCCCCAGCCUCCUUGUGCCGCUUUCAUUGGCCCACCGUCAGCGAAUUUCCCCUUGACGUCUGGUCCCUUCGUCGCUUCUUUUCUUUCUUUUCUCCUUUGACCAUCAACGACUCGAGCAAUUCCUUUGCCCGCUGCCGCUCGAUCACCCGCUACGACGAGUCCGAAACCGACGACGACUUCACAGACAUCACCCUCUUCGACCCAUCACACUCUCUUAGCAUUGCCGAGAAGAGCUUAGCGACAUCCCGCAAUCGUCGCAUUCCUUCAUUCUCUGUUUCGGGCUCCGUCUUCCACCAGCACCCGCUCCGUGCACUGCCCGUUAGCGCUCAACCUCAACCAGAACUUCAGCGUCAAAAACAUAUUCAACGAGACCUCGCUAUAUCUCCCGAGCGCGGUCGUCUUGGCGGCCGUGCCGACAACCUGUUUCCGACGGAUUCUCUACUCUCCCGACCACCCACCAACCCCGUACCGCCCGCCUUAGAUGCCCCGGGCAACACUCUGAUCUUGAGCCUCGAUCCCCCAGAACCCGCCUAUCCCAGAACCGGCUCAUCUUCUGGUCGAGCUGCCGCUUUGAACUCUCGACAACAGCAAGGCCGAACCGCCGACGGCCGUCAACCAUCCGCGUUUCAUCCUUCGCCUUUCCGACCUCAAAAGGCUACUGGAACUGCGCAUCGCGCUCGUCGACUGUCAGCCGCUCGCCUCUGGAAUCCUACCAACUCUACUCCUCGGCCUCACACCAAGCCCGAGUCAUCGCGCAAACGUCGUCCGUCGACUCCUCCUCCGCCGUCCAUUCCGUUACUGCAUCCUACCUUCGACCAUCGAGCACCUCCUGACUCCCUAGGCGCCGGGCCCAGCGAUUACCCUCUUCUUACACUCUCUGAGCAGCAUCAAAUCAAGCAUUCGUUAUCGCCUCGUGCAAGUCUUCAAGUUGAUAGGGCGGGAAGUAGUGACCGACGGAUAAGCCUACCGAACUCGGUACGUGCAUCUUACGACGAGAAAGGAUCGCGACGAGGUGCAGUGUCGGCUGAAGAGUACCGUCUAAGUCGGGAACUUUUGGCCCAGGAUUCUGUUGUGGAAAAUCCAGUCGUCAAGAUCGACAAGGGCAAAGGGAAGGCUGUAAUGAUGCCUGAAAAUACUGAUCCUAUGCCAUCAUACGGCACGGACUUGGAGCGUGGUCCAGAUAUUAUGGACCCGCGAAUGUCCAAUGUAUCGGCUGGUGAUGGAAUCGGAUCUGCUUUGUCAACGACAAACUCUUCCAUCAUGGGUGAAGAGGUCGAGCCGGAUGCAGCCGGUGAAUGGGGUCCUCAGCACCCCUGCUAUCCGCAUCGCAACCCUCAUGUACCUGUCGAUUCGCCCGAAUACACCAGCACACGGAUUAUUCGAAUACGCCGCGACUGGUUGAUCAAAGGUGACCUGGCACCCACAUUUUCCAAUCUCUAUCCUGAGAUCCUCGACCCUGCUGGCUUGUCUGAACAAGAAUUCCGUCGGAUCAUUGAGAAGCUCAAUGGAGAAUUGGUUCCCGCCUUCGAUCCGUACAGCGCGAGGAAUAUUAUCGAUAGUCUACUUGGACUUGUCACUGGUUGGGUCUGGGAUGACAUGGGUCUGACUGGCGCCAAAUCCAGGCUGAAUAACCUCGAGAAAUGGAUAGAGCAAUGGAAUUGUGAGAUGGAAAAGACCAUGGGCGCUGAGGAUGGUGUCAUGCCACCCAAGAUCAUGCCCCUUCGUCAAACAGGUUACAUGACACUCGACAUUCAAAUCCCUGAUCCUGAGAUCAUGCCAGCCCCCAGUACCGCCAACCCCAACGAAUCAAGGACAGCCUUACCUAUGACACCUUCAUCUGCUAUUGUUGCUUAA